AUAUGGGGAUUACGUAAGCGCCUACCCCAUGCCUACCCAUUGAUGCUGCUCAUCGGAAACUCGCCAAGAUGGCGGACCCGUCGGUUGGCUGCUGCGGCCGGCUGUCGCCGUGCCCGCGCGUGCAGCCGUGGCCGCCAGCCGGGCAGGCCGGUGAGCUGCCGCCGCCGCCUCCGCCGCCUCCUCCGCUGCCCGAGUCGGACUCGGACCCGGCCAUCGAGCGGCUGCUGGCCCUCUGCAGUGGCGGCAGCGAGACCCACUCGCUGCUGGAAGAUGACGCCGACGCCUCCCAGUCCAGCUCCGCCUCCGAGGAGAUACUCAGCAACCAGGACCUGACGCUGGACAAGGCGCUGAUCGGCCGCGAGCUGCUCGGCGAGUGUGACCCGCCCGACAACGGUGACGACGAGCCGCCGGCCAAGCGGCCGUGUCUCGCCUCGGCCGCCGACGAGCCCGCCGACGACACAGUCUGGCGGAAGACGGCCAGCGUGGGUCCCGAGUUCCAGGCCGAGCUGCCGGCGCUGCGACCGGCCGCGCACCGGCGCCGCUCGCGGCCCGACCGGCUGAUCUGGGACCCGAGCCGGCUGCCGGAGCACGAGGUGGAGCGGUACCAGCGCCGACUGCGGCCCGCCGUGGUGUCGGCGGCGCCCCCACCAGAGGCGCCCCGCCCGGCCCGACGCCAGCCCGACCACGAACAGGCCCUGCGCCACCUACAGGAGAGCGGCCACGACGUGGAGGAGGCGGCGCGGCGCGUCAGCAGCGUCCCGCCGCGGCCGGCUGGCCGGCUCGACCACUGGUCCGACCACGAGUGCACGCUGUUUGAGCAGGCGCUGCGGCUGCACGGGAAGGACUUCGGCACCAUUCAACGGCAAAUGCUGCCGACGCGGUCUGUCGGCGAGAUAGUGAAUUUCUACUACCUUUGGAAAAAGACGGAGCGGCACCGUCAGUUCCUGAGCCUUACACAGUUCGACCGGAGGAAAUACGGAGCAGAGCCGGCGCUCAGUGAGCCGUGUCCACGCAUGCUGUCUGCGGCCGCCUCCAGUCUGCAGAUCCUGAUGGCGACCGACCCGUGGGAGCACGGCCCGUGGGCGGCCGCUGGUGACCCGCAGCCGUCGGCGCAGCAGCCGCAGCCGCCGCCGGCCGGCCUGGCCAGCCUGCUGGCCAGCUGUCCGCAGCUGCUGCUGCCCUGACCAGUCGGCCGCGGCCGCGCGCCGCCCCUCGCGCCGCUGUGAUACCAACGGGCGGCACCGGCCGUCGCCAGUGAAUGCAGACUGUUUUUGUAUGGUGUAUUUUGUAUUGUUGAUGUGCGUGCGGGUCUCAGCCGUACAACUCUAUACCUGAUCAAGUGGAGAAUGGUCGCUAUCGGAAAGUUACCGGGAUCAUGUGUGUUUGUGAUCACGCGUGCGGGUGGGAGAGACUAUUGUCUGUUGUGCCGGUCGGCGGCCGUUCCUGUCGGCAGUGGGUAAUACACGCCGGCGGGAGGCGGAGCGCCCCCGGGCCGUCCCGUACCGAGUGGCGUGGGCGGCAGAGGACCGCGUGUGAUCUGAACUGGAGCUCUAUCAGUGUAUGACGUGUGUGAACUGACUGUGCGCAGAGGAACUUCCCGGCCCGAGGCCGCGUGUGGACCCGACAAACUGUGUCUCAAAUACGGUGCUCGCCGAUCGCCGCGUUUUAUUGUCCGUCUCACAGCGAUGGAGUGGUUGUUUGAAGUGGACUAACGGACUGACUGAGUUUGCGUGAUUCGUCGAGCAGAGUUUGCUCAAGUAUGAUGCGGAGAAUGCGUUGAUGAACGACAGAAAACGUCACCAAGUGCGUGCGUUUGUAUGUCUGUGCGUGAGUGCGAACGAACGACUGUUCAUUGCGAGAUUUUGUGCGCUAGCGUGAGCAGAUGAGGUACCGACGGGAAGCGCCUAUGAUGCCAUUUUUGGUGAGCGGCGCCGACGGCUCGGUGCUCGCAGCUGGAGACUGAGACGGAGACAGACGACCCGAUACGAACCUGCCGCCGAGCCGCUGCCACCCCAGAGCCCUAUAUGCAGCCGGCGACGAGCGGAAUCGCAGCUUCUUCGCUUCGUUCGAUCUGUUAUCGUGUUUUUUGUACAUCCGCAAAUGCAAUUAUCUUUCAGA